AUGUUCCCUAUGAUUGAAUGGGAAUGCUAUAUCGAGGGUCAAGGCUUCAGGAUACUUCACCAAAUAGUGUGUGGACUAAGCCGUCGUUCGUUAGAUGUCGAGCUGCAAAGCUCGAACAGUAUCAACGAACUAGAUAAAGAUGAUCGAAGCGCUUUGUGGUAUUCGGUCGCUCACCGGAAAAGGGAUUACGUCCACUUAUUGCUAGGGCGAGGAGCCGAUCCGAAUGUCGGCGAUCCCUCUAUCCUGGUAGCUAGCGGCAAUUUCCUAGACUAUGAAAUUACAAAAGCUCUUCUGGAUGCCGGUGCGACUCUUAGUUUCUCUAACGACAGAGAAUUCUGGAAGUUGUGGCAGCGAUGGCCAGGAUGCUGGGAGAAACUUGAAGAUGAAGAUAAUAAUAUAGCAAUCGAUAAUCUACUCGUCAGACAUGGCAUUGAUAUCAACCACCAUGCGGAGUGGUGUGGCGUCGAGGAUGUGACUAUACUCAUGCGCAUAAGCGAGAACAGCUUUCAAGACUAUUCACCACUUCGCAUACAGCAAUUGAUCGAUUUCGGGGCCGACCUCGAAAUGGUGGAUGAGAACGGGGAAUCUGCCAUAAUGUAUGCUCUCCAUUAUAUGAGUCCCGGGUCCUUCGAAGUGCUUGCCCGCGCUGGCGCCCGCCUUGAUGUCCGAGAUGUAGCAGGAAACACUAUCUUACAUCUUGUUAUCACGCGUACUUAUACUAUCGACCCUUUUUACGAGCUUUAUCAGGUAAUGCGCAAUGCAGACCUCACCAAGCUAGAUCUGCAUGCAAGAAACGCAGAUGGGCAUACAGCUUUUGACCUUCUGAAGAUGAGGAAUGGGCUCAAAUGGGAUGGGUAUUGCGAAAGCAAGGGGAUACCGGAGUGGAGAAGGCCACGCAAUGGUUCUGACGAUAUGGAUUUCAUCCGUGCUACGGAGGAGUUAUUACAUGAUAUUCAAGACCUUCAAGACGUUCCAGAAGAAGAUCGGUACCCGCCCCUCGGCGAAUAUCUCAGCGGCGAUGAUGAAGAAGAGGUAGUCCCAGGAGCGUGGCCUGUGUGA